AUUUACUCCUAAGCGACGAUCUCCCGAUCGCGAUCGACAUCGAGGGCCGGGACUUGUGCCGCAUAUGAGAGUGCACAACCCUCCCUCCGCCCUUAUGUGUAGGGUAUGAGCAGCAAUACAAGCGUCGGCAAGAGUGCAGGUUUUGCAUGGCAAAUCCACGACCUCGGACUGAUUGUAGUGCUGUUUGGGCAGCUACCAGAAUCUGUCAUGCAAAAAGUGCCAAGAGGCAAAGGGUGCGUUUGGUAUUUUGCAUGACAAAUGAGGGGGAGGGGCGGGGUUUUGCACUCUCAUACCGCAGCGGCGCGGUGUACUUGAUCCAGAUUUGCAACGAACUCUCACCCGUCUACCUGUUUGACGUGAAGGCGCUCGGGUAUUCAGAGUAAAAACGUCCCCACCCCCGAGUUGUCAUGCAAAUCUGCGUGGCAAAAAAGUUUGUCAUGCGGAGCGCCAUGAGAGGCAUUUUCUAGUCGUGUUUUGGAAUUUGUGAUGCUACAAUCAGCAUGAUAUACUAGAUCUGUGAUGCUGCUGAACUACCUAAACAGGAUUACGCUACGAGGACAAACUUGUGAUGCCAAACGACCAAAGCUGGCUGAUUUGUCUAGCAGAUUUCCCAUCUUGACUCUGGUGUGGGGACGCUUUUGCAAAUAAUAUCGGGGAAACGCUGUUCUCCGUCUGCGGAAUGCGGAGUUUGUUGGAAAAUGCGAAAGUGUGCAAAAUUGUCUUCGACGGCCGGGCUGACAAUGAUGCGGUAUAGAAGUUGUGGUUCUACUUUGUCAUGCAAAAAUUAUGCGUAGAUAAAUCUUCUUUGUCAUGCAAAAUCACCACGUACACAACAUCACAAUCACAGCUGUGGCACCUGUUUCGCGUGAAAACGGAGAACGUGUAUGACAUUCAAGUGCUGUUUCACCUGAAGUAUGGGCAGCCGAUUUCGAAGCACACCUACGUAGUGGGACUCGGCCGCUGCUUCCGAAACUACUCGGUGCUGGCACUAGCGCAAAGAGAGCGGAUUCAGAAGUAUUAGCAUUAUUGUAUAAACUUCAUCAUGCAUACGACCCAUACUAGUAUUGUAUACUUCAUCCUUUGACGAGCUUCAGUUUGUCAUGCACACACGCAUGCACUUUCGUAAUCCCAUUCUACUCUACACUUCCACCACGCUCACGCACAACCCCCAAAACAAUAUUCAAUAUCACAGGCUGAAGGAGGCCGGGCAGAAGCUGUAUACCAAAGAGGAGGGCGAAGAAUGGGCGCGACGGCCCUUGCAUCCUAUGCUGAUCGAAUACGCCGCGAGCGACGUACGACACUUGCUGGGAAUGAAGGCCUUUUGGGGGGAUGAAAAGGUAGACGAAGACUUUGUGUUCUAGUGUGUCGUAGCUUAAUCGGAGUUGAUCUUGUUUCAUCUUCCAAAUGGACUCUCAUCUCGAUGAGAAGAAAGAGAAACCAAUACACGACAUCAAAAACAGCUCGACGCGCGCGUGAUUGAGAUCACGAAGACCCGCAUUGAGGCUGCGGUAAAGAGCGAGAAAACCCCACGCGGGCCGCACAUGAUGGAACGCGACUUCGCGAUUCCGGCCGACGACAGGAUCCUGGUGGACGGUGCUGCUGGAACUGGCAGUUCGAACCCGGUGGCCAUCUCCCCUGCGUUGGUAUAGGAAAGUAUAAAAGUGAGCAGCGCUUCGAGUCCCACUGACGCCGGCCGGAGGAUUUUUGCAAUAUAUCGCAGUUCACAGUUCUUUUUGUUUCAGACCGAUACUUGUAUGUCGAGUUCUAGUUCUUCUUGUGUUUGACCACUUGAUCUUGAUAACAGGAAGUAGUGCACAGAAUUAUUACUGGGACUAUCACUAUGUAAAGGGUAAAAAAGUUUCUGAUGUCUUUACAUGAAGACGUAUCUUUUCUGUUCUCGAAAAAUCAAUCUUUCGCUCGUUCUGAAAGUAAAGUUUCUGCGAUUGGUAUUCUUUUUUGCUAAAUGGUUCUUUCUAGCUACAGCGUAAUAUAAAUAUUAAUCUUAUUUGGUACUCAAAUCUCAUCUUCUCAAAAAUAAAAAAACCUAAACUGAAAAAAAUUUUGCUCUCUGCAAAAGAGAGCGUAAUUUCUUUCACUCCUUGUUUUAUUCAGUACAAAGUUUAUUUCGUUUGCCAAACUCAACUAAGCCUUCUCUGCAAAAUUUCUUCCGUGAAAAAGCAAAACUAUUUUACUGCUUCUUCUACUGCAACUGCGAAUAUUAAAAAUUGAAAUUCAAUUUCGACUUUGCUGUUUGAAAAAGACAAAAAGCAGUACUUAUGAUAUUUUUCUGUCGAUUGGAAAACAAAAAAAGCCUCAAAGUUCUUCGCAAAUUAUAGCCAAAGAAGUUCGGAACCGAAGCGGCUAUGUACGAUUUGUAAAUUAGAUUUUUGGAAAGGAAGAGUUUUACCCUGAAUUACGAAAGUAUUAUGGUGUAUUAGUUGGAGCAAGGAUAUUAUGCAAUUAUGUUUCUACAAGUGAAGAUGGAGAUGUGAAGUGACCUGAAUUCUCUCGUUUUUCUCCUGCAAAGAAGGUAAAUAAGUACUUAUCGCCAGGUCACUACCCAAGCAAGAUAUGCAGCGGUUUCGAUGUUAAUCUUCUUUUUAGAUCCAAAUUUCUGGUGCUCCUAGUAUUUGUGAUUGCCUAUAAUUUUUUUUUGUUGAAGUUGAAGAAAUUCUUUAAUCCUAAGAAACGAAUUCUAGUGCCGAACCGUUUGUAAAGAACAUUGAUUGAGAAAAAUUCGAAUUGGCAGCUGCAUG